AUGCUGGCACAUCCCAUUCAGCGGUUGCAUGUGCCGGCAGCCAGGUUUGCAGCGGCAGGAUCUCUUUUUCGGAUCCGAGGAAAGGGGCCUGCUAGCACAGUUGCCAGCACAAAGUCUGGUGCGCAAUCGCCAGCCGCUCCUUUUACGCCACAUGGAAGAGCAGCGGUGCCAGGUUUGCAGAGCCAGGCGACGGAGGCGACUUUCAACCUGGCGAGUGGCCAGCACAGGAUGAGAGUUGGCAAAUACAAAGGCAAAACGUUCGCCGAGAUUUAUGCGGAGGACCCACAGUACUGCAAGUGGGCGUGCGACAUCGCGCUGACGGGAGAGAACACCAAUGACUCGCUCAAAGUCUUUGCUGCUUUCGUGCAGCACAGGUGGCUCCUGGCCGUUCGUGAUUUGUGCCGUCAAGCCCGGCCGAAUAGCUUGAGAAGUCAGCGCUUGGCUGUCACUGGUCAGCCAGAUGAGAUUACGCGUGAGCUGCUCGAGGGUUUCAUCCGCAUCCUGGGUGGUGAGGUAGUUUCUCAAGUCUCCCCCGGUUCGAAACCGCCAGCGACUGGGGUGGUGGUUGCGGGUUCUACGCUGUAUGGCGGAAAGCCUGUGCAAGAAAGCUCGAAGCUGGAGAAGGCAGCCGCUGCCGGAGUACCUGUCAUGACCAUGGAGGAUCUUCGGCGUUUGGCUACCCAGGUUCCGGCCAAUGAGAGCAAGUCGUAG